CAAAAAAGUAGAAUCAAAGAUCUUCAAUUUUGUUUUAUUUACCUGCGCAAUGACGGAUCUAAGACUGAUCAUCGGCGGCAUGAUUAGAAGAAAUUAGGGUUCGCUCUCUGUUUCCUUUUCUUAAGACAAGCUCGUAGCUGACAAGCAUGUUCGUUACAUUCUGAUGGCAGAAAAGGUGGCUUUGCCGGUAAUACUGGACAUGAUCCGCAUGUUUUAUAUACACUCAGUGCUGUACAAAUCUUGGCCCUCUUUGACAAACUAAGCAUUCUUGAUGUCCAAAAAGUGUCAAGUUGUAUCCUUCAAGCAUUUUCCUGUCAAUGUGAAAAGAAAUAAACUCGGUGUAAAUCGCUUGUGAUAGAUACAAUUAUGUUUUUCUAAAUGCAAAAACUAGAUAUUGCUGGGUUACAGAAUAAAGAUGGAUCCUUCUCAGGAGAUAUUUGGGGCGAAGUAGAUACAAGGUUUUCGUACAUAGCUAUAUGCUGUCUCUCAAUAUUAAAAUGUCUUGAUAAGAUCAAUGUGAAGAAGGCUGUUGAUUACAUUGUGAGCUGCAAAAACCUGGAUGGUGGUUUCGGGUGCACACCUGGAGCGGAGUCUCAUGCAGGACAGAUUUUCUGUUGCGUGGGUGCUCUUGCUAUCACCGGGAAUCUCCAUCAUGUUGAUAAGGACUUACUUGGUUGGUGGUUAUGUGAAAGACAAGACUACGAGUCUGGAGGUUUAAAUGGACGACCUGAGAAACUCCCUGAUGUUUGCUAUUCUUGGUGGGUGUUAUCCAGCUUAAUCAUGAUCGACAGAGUUCAUUGGAUCGAGAAAGGAAAGCUUGUCAAGUUCAUCUUGGACUGUCAGGACAUGGAUAACGGAGGUAUCUCAGAUAAUCCCAAAGAUGUUGUUGAUAUCUUCCACACCUACUUUGGAGUUGCGGGGCUCUCUCUUCUCGAGUAUCCUGGAGUCAAACCAAUUGAUCCUGCCUACGCUUUACCUGUCCAUGUCAUCAACCGGAUUCUCUUCACCAAAUGAUUCUUCAUCAGAACUCAGAUGUAGUUUAGGCAUUGGAGUUAGACACUAAUAGUCUGGUUCAGUUCGGGUUAGGCAUAUGUUUACUAUUACUUGUAGUCACAAAACCAUUUACAAUCUCAAAUCUCUCCCAUUAAUUGGGUUUACAAUCAAGAAAAUGAACAUGGCACUAAUCU